AUGACAACACCCGUCAAGCGCCGCGUCUUCACAGAGCGCGAAGACGUGCUCCUUCUGACGCAAGUCAGCGUUGAAAUGCCGUUUCUGGCCCACCGAGGCAAAAUAAUGGAUGUUUGGGAAUCCGUCGCGCGCAACUUGGCUACAAUAGGUGAGUUUGAUCGCCCCAAUUUCGAUGGAAAGAAGGCGCAAGCCCGAUUUCUAAUCCUAUUGCGCGACCAUCGUGACAGCAACAACGCCUCGCAACGUGCCUCGGGUGCGGCCGAGCAUGUCACUGAAAAGACAGUCCUUUUGGACGACCUUUGCAACCAAGUCGACGAAGCCAAGCAAGAAGAGCACCGCCGAGCGGCCAACGAAUGCGAAGAAGCAGCAACUGUGGAGGAGAAUGGUGCCACCGUCCGCGACGAAGCCAUGCGAUCGCAAGGAAAACGAAAGGCCCAGGAAGAUGACGACGAAUCCAGAGGUGGUGGCGGUGGCAAGAUGCUGAAGGUUCUCUCACUGAUGAACGAGAGCAACAAGUGCGAAUUGGAUCUUCGCAAGCUCAUGUUUGAAAAGGAGAUGGAGGAGAGAAAAUUGGACCAGAUCAAGGAGCUUGAAGAGCGUGCCAAGGAUCGUGAAGCACAGUUGCAACUAGUACAAAUGCAGGCUCAACAAGUUCAAAUGUUGCAGUCGACAUUGACUUCUCUACUAUCUGCCCUGGUGAACAAGUUGUGA